GGGCACCUCCCACUCGUUCGGCCGCCUGGGCCUCGGCGCGCUGAGCCCCGCGACCGCGGCCAGGACCAGGAGCUCCGAGUGCGUCGAGGAGGUGGCGCGCCUAGGCACGCCCGACGGUGCACCUGGCAGCCCGCGGUCGAGCUCGUCUCCGCCCAGGGAGGACAUGGCGUCACCGAUAUCGCCUUCAAGCCGCAACGCGUGGCUUGCCGGGAUGCAGCACAAGAUGCCCCGCUUGAUCUCGAGCGCUAGCAAUUCUGGGUCGUCGGAGAACAUCAAGGAGACGGGCUGCACAGCGCAGCAGCCCGACGACACAGAUGGCUUCGCUGCUGUUAUCCUCGGCGGAGCCGCGCGCAGCGAUCUUGAGGUGCGCCUCUCUUUCGACCUGGUUCUCACCACCGACGCGGACUGCAUCAAUCAGCUGUUCAACGUGCUCUUCAACACCAUGCGGCACGUUUACUGCGAGAUGCACGAGCACGGCAUCAUUGGCGAUGUCGCUUUGGCGUGGCUGACAGAGGCUGUUGGCGAGGCCAUGGACUGUGCGGGCCACGAGGUCAAUGCGCGGACUGCAACAGACUUCAGGA